CAGCCAGUGAAACAGGAUUAACGAAUAUUCACUUUGGUGGAAAAGGUGGCGAUUUAUUUAUAUAUUCUGGGAGGAAGAAAUUCCAGGACGGAGGCCGCUGGGAGCUGCAUAGGCACUUGUUGGCAUGAAGUCCUCGGCACUUGGGUUGAAUAAGCCCCAGGUGGGAUGACUCGACUCUCUUUGUCUUUCCCCAGCUGGCUGACGGGCAGAUAUCCCGAAUUCACUGACCCCAAGGUGGUAGCCCAGGGCGAAGGCCGCGAAGUGACCAGGGUUUGCUCGCAAGGCUUCGUCACCGUUUCCUUCAACGUGGUGACCAAGGACAUGAAGAAGCUGGGCUACGACGCCAGCUCAUCGACCCUCGCCAGCUCCUCACUAACCUCGGUGACGGACGCCAUGCGCAAAUUCUAGACUCGCAGUU